UCGAGGAGCAGCCGCGUUCAAUGUAACGAUGGUAGUAAGUUAUGAUUAAGAAAGAAUGGUUGCUCCUUCUGCUCGUGUUCUGCUAUGAAGUAAAGCUAUGCAUAUCCAACUUUACAGGAGCAUCGACUACAGAAAAGAAGUCUAUAACCGGAGACAACAAAUCGCCUACAUGGAAGCCCCAUACCAACCAAACAGAGGGACAAGAAGGCGCCGACAGAGGCGUGGAAUCGGCGUCGAAUCGACCUUCUCGAGUUCGACGUAGUAUUAUGCAGUUAGCAGGAAUGUUACGAUGCACAACUGGGUGUGACCCUCUGGCCUACAAGAGCUACGGCUGUUAUUGUGGUUACCUUGGGGCUGGAGAUCCCGUCGAUGACAUAGAUAGGUGA